CGAAGCGCUUAACCGGCAUUCAGAGCAGCAGCACCACUGCCGGAGGAGAACAGCGGCCCACCGAGCUUUACUUUUAAUUUUUUUGCGUUUUAAUUUAUUAAAUUUAGUAACAGCCAUGCCUAGCUAUUCGGACAGAGACCGCAGCCGCGACAGAGGUUAUGGUAGUGGACCACCACGUUUUGGGGGUAGUCGAGGUGGACCCCCACCUGGGGGCAAGAAGUUCGGCAAUCCGGGUGAACGACUGCGAAAGAAACACUGGAACCUUGACGAGCUGCCUAAAUUCGAGAAGAACUUUUACCAAGAGCAUCCUGAUGUUGGCAGAAGGACUCCACAAGAAGUUGAGCAGUACAGGCGAAGCAAAGAAAUUACAGUAAAGGGGAGAGAGUGUCCAAAACCUGUUAUGAGGUUCCAUGAAUCCAACUUUCCAUCAUACGUAAUGGAUGUGAUCAGCAAACAGAACUGGACUGAUCCGACUCCUAUUCAAGCUCAAGGGUGGCCGCUGGCUUUAAGUGGCCAGGAUAUGGUCGGCAUUGCCCAGACAGGAUCUGGCAAAACCCUCUCAUAUUUGCUUCCUGCUAUUGUGCACAUAAACCACCAGCCUUUUUUGGAGCGUGGAGAUGGGCCAAUUUGUUUGGUGCUGGCCCCCACUCGUGAGCUGGCCCAACAGGUCCAGCAGGUGGCAGCAGAGUACGGCAGAGCCUCUCGCCUGAAGUCCACCUGUAUCUACGGAGGAGCUCCUAAAGGACCACAGAUCCGAGACCUAGAGAGAGGGGUGGAGAUCUGCAUUGCCACUCCAGGCAGACUUAUUGAUUUCCUGGAAGCUGGAAAGACUAAUCUGAGGAGGUGCACAUACCUGGUCCUGGAUGAGGCUGAUAGAAUGCUGGAUAUGGGUUUUGAACCCCAGAUCCGUAAAAUUGUCGACCAGAUCAGGCCUGACAGGCAGACUCUGAUGUGGAGUGCUACUUGGCCCAAAGAGGUGCGUCAGCUGGCUGAAGACUUCUUGAAGGAGUACGUCCAGAUCAACGUGGGUGCCCUGCAGCUCAGUGCCAACCACAACAUCCUGCAGAUCGUGGAUGUUUGCAAUGAUGGCGAGAAGGAAGACAAACUGCUGCGUUUGCUGGAGGAAAUCAUGAGUGAGAAAGAGAACAAGACCAUCAUCUUUGUGGAGACCAAGAGGAGGUGUGAUGACCUUACCAGAAGGAUGCGCAGGGAUGGGUGGCCUGCGAUGGGUAUUCAUGGAGAUAAAAGCCAGCAGGAGAGAGACUGGGUACUUAAUGAGUUCAAAUUUGGUAAAGCUCCAAUUCUCAUUGCUACAGAUGUGGCCUCCAGAGGUUUAGAUGUCGAAGACGUCAAAUUCGUCAUUAACUUCGACUACCCCAACAACUCCGAGGACUACAUCCACCGCAUCGGCCGCACGGCCCGCAGCCAGAAAACCGGCACGGCCUACACGUUCUUCACCCCCAACAACAUGAAGCAGGCCCACGACCUCGUCUCUGUCCUCCGAGAGGCCAACCAGGCCAUUAACCCCAAACUCAUCCAGAUGGCAGAAGACAGAGGAGGGCGUUCAAGGGGAGGUCGAGGUGGCGGGUAUAGAGAUGACCGCAGAGAUCGCUACUCUGGAGGCAGACGGGACUACAACGGUUAUAACCAGGACAACCGUGGCAGUGAUCGCGGUUACGACAGUGGACCAAAAAAGCCCCUGGGCAACAAAACCCAAAAUGGGGGCUCGUACGGGGCCAGCAACUUCAACGGCAGCAGCAAUAACGGCUUUAAUGGGGGUUACAGCAAUGGACAGAACGGCUUUGGUGGUAACCAGCCUGGUGGCUUUGGAAACCAGGGUUUCCCAAACCAGCAGUUUGGUGCCAACCAGGGCGGAGUUCCCAACGGAGCGAGCCACAACCAGUUCCCCUUCAACCCUCAGCAGCCGCCCCCUCAGCCCAUGGUGCCCUUCUCCAUGCCCCGCCCCCCGUUCCCCUAGGUUAAUUCGCUUGCAUAGCUGAGAACGCACAGUGUAAUUUAUUGCAUUUGUCCUGUAUAACUACUGUUCACGUUUUAUGGCAGUGUUAAUAAUGUUUUUUUCUCCACAGGCAUGACUUCAAAAGGAGUUAUGCCUCCUACUUGAGUCCCAAAGUCUGCAGUGCAGCAGUAGUGAUGGUGCACUUUUUCCUUUUCAUUCUUUUCUUUUGGUUUUGUAUAGUUAUCACAUUCCUCAGUAACAUAUAUAAAUUUUUUAUUUUGUUCUUUUUGUACCAGUUAUAUCUAUUAAGGACCUAGACCUGUAAAGUUCUUACUAUAGAACGUUGCAUGGCCCUUAAAUAAACGAAGAAAAAAAACAGCA